AUGACUAGAAAGAAGGUGAAGCUUGCAUACAUCACUAAUGAUUCUGCAAGAAAAGCAACAUUCAAGAAAAGGAAGAAGGGUCUGAUGAAGAAGGUGAGUGAGUUGAGCACUCUCUGUGGGAUUGAUGCCUGUGCCAUCCUUUAUAGCCCAUAUGACUCUCAGCCUGAAGUCUGGCCUUCCCCUUUGGGAGUCCAACGUGUGCUUGCCCAUUUCAAGAAGAUGCCUGAGAUGGAGCAAAGCAAGAAGAUGGUCAACCAGGAGAGCUUCCUCAGGCAAAGGAUAGCAAAAGGCAAUGAGCAGCUCAAGAAACAGCGCAAGGACAACCGCGAAAAGGAGAUUACUCAAGUCAUGUACCAGAGCUUGACUGGUAAGGGCCUGCAGAAUCUCAAUAUAGUUGAUUUGAAUGAUCUUGGGUGGAUGAUUGACCAGAACUUGAAGGAAAUUCACAAGAGGAUUGAGUCUCUCAACAAAGAGGCUCAGUCCCAGGCAGCAGCAGCUGCCGCAGCAGCAGCAGGACAACUGAUAAAGACUGGAGGGAAAGCACAGGAGGAGAAACCAGCCUUUGACAGCAUGGAUGCCAUUCAGAGGCAGCAGUGGUUCGUUGACUUGGUGAACCCCAAUGAGCAGAUGGGCUUUGCUGGAGAUGACAUGAUGCUGCCAUUUGGGGACAACAACCACAAUGCUCUCUGGCCUAAUGGCUUUUUCCCUUGAUUGCAGCAGCAAUGGGGUUCUUGAUCAUUUCUAGCACAUGUUUUUAGUGUU